GUUUAUCCUAAUUUUCUCACAGCUACGUGAGGGCUUCCGUAAUCUGGCACGUGGACGCGACUGUUUUGUCACCUUACUUUAGUGGAGCUGACAGCCAUGUUGUUAACAGUUAUCAAAGGAAUAUUCCUGGGAACGUGCUCAAAUCUGUGUUUCCAGCUGUUUCUCGUGCCUUUGAUGUUAUGUCGCAGACAGUUUUAACCACGUGCCCAUUUCUCAAGGCCAAAUUCCUUCACUGAACCUUCAAGAAUGGCAUCUCUCUAAUACCUUGGGAAACAUUCCUCCAGUGGAAGGCGAGCAGGCAUUUAACCAUAAAAUUAAUGUCCUCUAUUGUUGUGAUGAGCCGGCCCUCUGGUCUCAGAGUGUGGGAACAGUAACACAGCACAGGCCACAUGGCUUUGUGAUGGUAAUGCUGCUGUAUAAAUACAAGGGGCUGCUCCUCAAAGAGGCUCACAAAUCUUUUUGCCACAGAAGAAAAGCAGGCUAUUUCAGCACGGACAUGGCACCACAUUCAGCUACACUCUCCUCUUUUGACCAUCUUCGCUUCAGUGAUAAAGACAAAAUAAAGCUGAGGAAGCCAAUUGUUGAAAAGAUGCGCAGGGACCGCAUCAACAGCUGCAUCGACCAGCUCAAGAGUCUCCUGGAGAAGGAGUUCCACAGCCAUGACCCCAGCACCAAACUGGAGAAGGCCGAUAUCCUGGAAAUGACUGUCAGCUUUCUCAAACAGCAGUGGCGGCAGCAGCAGCAGCAGCAGCUUCCUCAGAGGGACUACAAUGAAGGCUACUCUCACUGCUGGAAGGAGUCUGUCAACUUUCUCACUCUUCAUUCCACCCGAGGAGGAUCUGGCCGGGAGCUCCAGCACCUCCACAACGCCCAGCGAGCGAGCUGUUCCGCUCCAGUAGCGCCCUCUUCCAAACUGAGCACGGCCGGUUUACAGCAGUCUGACAGCAGGAGAGAUGGAGUCUGGAGACCCUGGUAGAGAUGCUGUGAACUGUGAACCCUGAGGGACAGUAGUAUUAACGUCUCUCAUAAAAGUAGGAGAUAUGCAUCCAAAGUGUAUGUUUGUGUUGUCAUCAUAUUGAUUGGCAAAAACUUUAGACGAACACGUGUUUGUCAGUGGAAGGAGGUGGAUUAUUUAUGUACAGCAUUUUUCUGUAUUAAUAGCUCUUAGUGUGAUUUUUACCAUGUUAAAACUUGUUUUUUUGUAUGCAUAUUUAAUUGAGGUUGACUCCAGUGGAGUUUUAUGUAUCAGACCUUUGAACUGAUUUUGUACUUAGAGUAUAUUUCUGUUUGCACUGAGAAUUCUGCAUUGUUGUUUAGGUAAGGCAUGCUUGUUGUACCUUUGAUAAAGGAUCCAGUUCGUUGUCUUGACCAAUGAUGUUUGUUUUUAUUGUAUUUUUUGCAAAUGAGCUCUUAUAUCAAAUAUUUUCUGUUAAUAAAAUUCUACAUUAUCAAUUAA